GAUAAAUAUGGCACAGCCGAUCAUUUAUUAUUGUGAUUUGUGAUCUGCACGGAUCAGGUGCUAAACGAUCAGAAACCCUAAAUUCGGCAAAUUUUCCCUUCAACCACCCUAAAAUAACUUUUAUCUUUUCUAUAAUGGAAAGCUUAAACACACCCGAGAUCCAACGAUCUCACACUGUAAAACCACAAGUAUGGAAACCUUUAAUUGAUGUAGUGGACGCCGUUAAUUGCGAUGCUCACGAUAGACUAGCUACAUUCAUUCACAGGCAAUCACCGGAAACAGGAGAUACGGAUCGUAGAAAAUCCUUCAUGCAUAGCUACCUAUUACCACAACGUAAUAAUUGGCUAAAAUUAAAAACCUUAGUCUCUUGGUCUGAAAAAGCUGGCUUAGUACGCGACUAUGAGAUACAUUACAAGGACGUACAAAGACAAAAGCUUAUAAGUAACGAGGUGGAGGCAAAAAUGCGAGAGUGGAGUUUUCACAUGCCCGGUUCUAGUCUACGCUCACCUGACGUCACAAGUUCGUCAGAUGUGCUUAAAGAGGGAACUUAUAAGAGAUUUCCAAGUAUAAUUAAGGAAUGCUUUGCACCUGACGUUUUAGACGAUGAUAAAGCCAAAGAAACAUUAGAGGCUUUAAAUGGUGUCAUCCAAAUACGAAUGUUAACACAAGAAAUAAUACCGAAACGCAUGAGAAAUUAUAGAAUUUUGAAUGGAAAAAUAAAGUUUAUAGUCGAUAAGGAAUUUGAGGUGAUGAUUUAAUAAUUUGAACAGUAUUUUUGUUAUGUUCUAUCUUCAAUAAUAUAAUUGAUUUCAUUUUAAGGCUGUGUUGACGCCUGAUAAUAUGGGAAUUGAUUCACGUUGGUGGAUUAUUGAACUGCAAUUUCUCAUCCAAUCUGCGAGUAACAAAAUAUUUAAUGACGUGAAGCUCUCACUUCAUGAUGAACAAAUAUCGAGAUUAAUUGACACAAUUCAAAAACAGUAUUUGUCACCACCACUAAAGCCUAUCUCUGAAAGGAUUUCAAGUAGUAUGAAACGGAUAGGCGAGACGUUAGAACCGACUUCUUUACCUCACACAGCUAAAUUCUGUCCAUUAGUAAAUUUAUACGAAUAUUUACGUAUCCU